GUCGGGGUUGCGCGUCCCAGCGGCUACGCGCGGCUCGUGCACGGCCGCUGCUGGCUGCUCCUCAGUUGUAGUGUAGACAUGGCGGCGGAUCUAAACCCCGACUGGCUAUCUUGCUUACCUUCUUCUUGGAGUUACGGGGUGAUCCAGGACGGAAGAGUGUUCUUCAUCAACGAAGAAGCAAAGAGCACGACUUGGCUUCAUCCUGUCACUGGUGAAGCGGUGACCACUGGGCACAGGAAGACUCCAGAUUUACCAACCGGAUGGGAGGAAGGAUAUACGUUCGAGGGAGCGCGCUGCUUCAUUAAUCACAAUGAGCGGAAAGUGACCUGCAAACAUCCGGUCUCUGGUGCACCAUCACAAGACAACUGCAUCUUUGUCGUCAACGAACAGCCAGCAGCUAAAGCACCAGCCAGUGAGAAGAAGGAAAGACCCACAAGCAUCAUGAGUGAGGCAUCCAACUACACAGGAGGCUCAGACUACAUGACACACCCAAGCAGUCCAACAACCAGACAAUCAAGGUCAUCUAAAAAAGUCCACAAUUUUGGCAAGCGGUCCCACUCCAUCAAGAGAAACCCAAACGCUCCAGUAGUCAAACGCAGCUGGCUUUAUAAACAGGACAGCACAGGAAUGAAGAUGUGGAAGAAGAGGUGGUUUGUGUUGUCUGACAUGUGCCUCUUCUACUAUAAAGAUGAAAAGGAAGAAGGGAUCCUUGGGAGCAUCCUUUUACCCAGCUUUCACAUCUCCCUGUUAUCUGUAGAUGACCACGUAAGCAAGAAAUAUGCCUUCAAGGCCACACACCCAAACAUGCGGACGUACUACUUUUGCACUGACACAGCCAAAGAAAUGGAGUCCUGGAUGAAAGUGAUGACUGACGCUACACUCGUCCACACUGAGCCCAUCAAAAGACUGGAAAACAUAAAGGCAGACCCAUGCAGCCCACUGGAGAUGAACAACAUGUUAAAUCACUGGGUUCUGACACAACCUGAGAUCCAAAAUAAUGAGAGGAACCGUGAGUGUGUUCAGCUGGAGGACAAGAAACAGCUGGAGAAACAGCCCAGUAUCCACAGAGAGAAAGAAAGGUGUGCCAUUCAAAAAGAGUCCCAGAAGUACCACAUUCAGAAACAAGGGGAAAAGUACGCUUUAGAGAAAGAUGGACAAAAGUACGCUUUAGAGAAAGACGGACAAAAGUAUCCUCUUCAGAAGAGCGGAUGCAGGUACGUGCUGCAAAAAGACACGGAAACGUUUGGUGUACAGAAAGAUGGAGAGAAGUACGCCUCUACUCUGCAGAAGGAGGCUAAACGGCAUGACCACCAGAGAGAUGAAGAAAUCAACCUGCUGCAGAAAGAAAUGCAAAGGUACAUGCAACACAAAGACAGCGACAAGCAUGCGCUUCCAAAGGACAGCGAGAUACAUGGCGUGCACAAAGACACUCACAAAUAUCUCCAGAAAGAUGGAGGACGACCUGCACAGAAGGCCACCACGCAGAAGGAUGCAGAGAGGUCCAGGCUUCAGCGAGAAGAGGAGCGGUACAGCAUGCAGAAGGAUGGGAACGUUGAACAACCACUCGCCAAAGCCGACAGUGUUAAGCAGCAGCCCGCGCAGGCGGUCACCAUCACCCCAGCCGUGUCUUCCUCAUGGCAGCUACAGAGCAGAGUAGGCUCGGCUCCAUAUAAAGCUGCACAAGUUAACGGCUCUGGAGAAGAACAGAGCCCCGGAGAAAUGAGUAACACCGUUUCACAAAGGACAACAGUACAGCCUCAGCAGCCUUUAGAGCCAGAGAGGAGCUUGAGCAGGUCUAAUUCCAUUCAGCUGGAGCAGUAUUUUAGGACACACCGCACCAGGGUCCAAGAUGAUGACACUAAGAGCAUCACUUCAUACCAGACUCUGCCCAGGAACAUGCCUAGCCAUCGGACACAGGUGGUGCCCCGCUAUCCUGAAGGCUAUCGCACACUUCCACGUAACAUGCUACGGCCGGACAGUAUCUGUAGUGUGGCAGGUUCCAUGUACGAUUGUGCACUGCAGCCCAUGGCAGCAGAGAAGAGACGCUCUAUGAGAGACGACACGUUGUGGCAGCUGUACGAGUGGCAGCAGAGGCAGGCCUACAGCCGGAUGGGCUACAGCACACUGCCCAGCCCAAAGACUCUGAGUCACAUUGCUGAGUCCAUCCCGUCAUCUCCCUCACACGGCUCCUUAGCUUUGUACCAGUCUGUCUCCCCCAACCGGCCCUACAAUCCUAGCACGUGCUCUGAAGUUUCCUCACCUGUGUUCCGUGGAGAUGUCAGCAUUGACCGGCGCCACCGAGCACACCUCGCAAAGUAUGCAUACCAACCUGAAUGCAGGGUCCCAGCAGCUCAGAGCAUCACGGCACAGACCCUGCAGGGUAAAACGCCAGAGGAGCUGACCCUGCUGCUUAUCAAGCUGCGACGGCAGCAGGCCGAGCUCAACAGCAUCCGAGAGCAGACUCUCGCUCAGCUAAUGCAGCUAAACGUUGACGCCUCCAACCCGAAGAAUAAGGUGCUUUCUCAUCACCUGCAGAGGAAUCUCAUGUAUCUGGACAGCCAGAUGAAGCAGAAUGAGCCUAUCAUCUUCAUGAUUCACACUAUGAUUGAGAGCUCGGCACCGAGGCCUCAGCUAUACCAGCAAAUGAGUCCUGAUGCGUACAACGAUGCCGUUUAUGGCUACAGACCUGAAGAGCUUGAUGUUGAUGCAAAGUUAAGCAGAUUGUGCGAACAAGGCAAAGUGGUGCGGACACAAGAGGAGAAGCUUCAGCAGCUCCACAGAGAGAAGCACACCCUAGAAACAGCACUGUUAUCAGCCAGCCAAGAGCUGGAGAUGAGCGUGGAGAACCCAACGACCAUGCAGAGCCUCAUUCAGCAGAGGGACGUGCUGCAGAGUGGCCUCCUGAGCUCCUGUAGAGAACUAGUCCGAGUCAGCACUGAACUGGAAAGGAGCUGGAAGGAGUACGAUAAACUGGAGAGCGAUGUGACUUUGGCUAAGAGGAACCUCCUGGAUCAGCUGGAGGCUCUCGGCAGCCCACAGACAGAACCCCCCAGUCAGCAGCAUGUGCAGAUUCAGAAGGAGCUGUGGAGGAUUCAGGACGUGAUGGAUGCACUGAACAAAAACAAGCCAAUGAGAAGCGCUGAGCCCAGCUUUCCUUUAUCGGGUCUCCAGAAAAAGGAGGAGUCUGAUUCGGUGCCCCCACGUCCUCCGCUCCCCCACCUUUAUGAGGGCAGGGGGCGCCUGUGUGUGCCCCACCUGCCCGGCCCCAGCCACCCUCAGCUCCACCCACCUCGCACAGGUCCUCACCAGCCUGAAGACCGCAAAGCUGCCCAACGCAAUGGCAGUCACAGCGGUCCAGACUACAGGCUGUAUAAGAGCGAGCCAGAGCUCACCACCGUGGCUGAAGUAGACGAGAGCAACGGAGAGGAGAAAUCUGAACAGGCUGCUGAGAAAGACUCGUCUACUACUAAAGUGCCCUAUCCUGUGGGAAUAGUGAGCCCCAGAACAAAGUCGCCUGUGCCCGUGUCCUCCACCAUCGCUUCUUAUGUGACUUUGAGGAAGGCCAAGAAACCAGAACCCAAAAGAAGCCAUGCUAACAGUGCCAUGGAGCAUGGAAGUGGUGGUGUGGAGGGUGUCCGGCAGCGCAUGAGCGUGGAGGAGCAAAUGGAGCGGAUUCGGAGGCACCAGCAGGGCGCGCUACGGGAAAGGAGGAGGGAAGACGGCUCUCUUUCUCGCAGUCUUUCCUUCACCAAAGACACCUCCAAUUAUUACACCCUGCAGAUGAGCACAAAAAGAAGGGAGAUAUCAGUUGGAGACUCAAACCAGUUCAGAGCCUCUAUGUUUAAAGAAAACUGCAAAGCACUGAAACAGCUGCAAGGGAAAGUGUCGGGGUCUGAGUUUGGAGAGAAGGUCUCUGAAGCCAGAACAAGCCCUGAGCACCACAGAGCCCUGGGCACUGAGGACAGUGUGCAGACUGCAGUGAUGGUACGAGUGGACACGGAGGAAAACGACGAUGAGGAGACUCUCUCUGGACAAAGUCAAGAUCCGAUCAUAAAGGACUCGUACACUCGGACGUCCUCCAAACACAGCACCACGGUUUCAGUGAACAGCCUCUCAAGUUCGCCUCAGUCUCCGAGCACCUCUCCUCUUCCUUCCUCCCCUCCUCACCUCCCCGAUGGCUCCCACUUCAUGUGUGUGUAGUGGAGGAAGAACAGUACACCAGCGAGGUCCAUAAAUACUGACACGUGAAGGAGGAGGUCCAGCAGGAGAACCAAAAAGCGCCGCUGUCGCCUUGCAGAGCAGCGAGAGGCAGUAACCAACAUCACACCGCAGUCGCAGCUCAAGCCAUCGCUCUGUUUCCCAACUGCCACAGAAGACUUAGACACACAGGUGUAGAGUUCUUAAUGUUAUUAUUUAUAAUGUUCACGGCUUAUUGUGUCGAUUGGAGGAGGCGUUUUGUAUAACAUGGAUAAGGAGCAGUGCAGUAAGCAGGCACCACUGAUUUACACUUUUAUUAUUCAGAGCAGUCACGGUCUCUUCAGCGGGUGGGACGUGUGUUAAAGCCAGACACACACACACACACACACACACACACACACACAAUCUGCUUAUUUCUUUAUUUAAUAAACUUUGGCUUUUAGCGUUCAUCUCUUUUGCACUGUAUAAGACCUCACUGAUUCUCUUUUCUUUUUUUAAGUAGUAACGUGGAUAUCAGCAGAUCUGUACAGAACACGUCCGACAUUAAGGACGAUUUCAUUAAAGCACUGCUCUUAACACUACAGAUGAAAAGAUCUGAUUUUAGCUUUGUAAAGAACCUUUAGAUUGUCUGUGAUUUCCUUCAGCACUGUUCCCCUGAAAGAACAUUCAUGAACGUUCAUUUUAUAUUUCUAUGGCUGAAAUCUAUUUAACUAAAGUAUUAAAGAGAGUAUUAAUUAAAGAUUUGUUUUAGUGUGGUCUCUGUUCAUGUUGGGGUCCAACUCUAGGGACGUAUAGCACAUGUAAAGCUUAAAAUAAGCAAUAACCAGGGUUUCGGUGUUCACUUUAUUGUAGAAGAUGUAAAGAUCAUAUUGUAUAUAUUGUACACCAUACAAUAAAAUUCUAAAAAGCUUAUCUAAGGAGUCAAUAUGCAAAUCUCAUCUGUUUUAUAUCAUGUGAAAUAAAUGUUCUUAUAAAAGGUG